CUCUCCUUUCAAUAGUAUAUUCUGUCGGCGAUUUUCAUUUUUAUCGCAUUGUUUUACAAUUCGUUUACUAUUAACCCUAAAUCUAGGGGAAAAACAUAGUUUAAAAUUUUGCGGAAUAGGGUCUACAGUUUCGAAAAGUUUGAUUUCCGACCCCAAACUUCUGAUCCCGUCACCAUCCAUCCGAAACCCAAACCUUGACAGAGAGAGGAAAUGGCGGGUCAAGGUUUUGAGAAAUGGCCCUAGCUUUUUUCGAUUUUCCGUUUUUUUUUUUUGUAUUUCCCGCUAAAAAAAUUGCCAUGGAAUCUAUGGAGUCGUAAUCGAUUCGCCGUUCGUCGUCGAUGGCUGCAGCAGACGACGAAGACGACGCCGUCGAUUUCCGCAAAACUCCGAAGAGUUUCGACCUGAACAAGUCUCCCGAAGCAGUCUCUUACUCAGAUUCGGCGGUUGAGAAGAAUAUGAACGAACUCGUCUCCUCGUUCCGACGCUUGCUCGAAUCGUUCGUCGUCGAGUUCUGUCCUCCGCCUCCGGCGACCGUUGAUCUCUUCGGCCUCUUCGUCGGCGUGAGCCACAGAGGCGGUUUCAAAGCCGUUUCGGAGAAUGCUGCGUGGGAGGAAGUCGGGAGCGAGUCUAAAUUAGGUUUAUCUGCGAAAUCGAUCUACGUCAAGUACCUCGCCUCGCUUGCGCGGUGGUUGAACAGAGUCGUUGGAGGUGAUGGUGGUGGCGUGGAGCUGCCUGGAGUAUCGGAUGAUCUGAUCGGUAGGUUUGGGGAUUUUGUGGCUCAGGUGAAGAGGAAGUAUGAGUUGAGGGAAGGUAUGGUUUCAAGAGAGGUGGGAGGAGAGUUUAAAUGGUUUAUAUCGAAAGCUAGGAGAAGAUCUGAUGAUAAGAAGCUUGAGGAAGCUGUGUUUCUUGAUUCUGGUUCUUCCCCUGGGAAGAGGAAACGGGAGUGUUCUUUAGUGACUUUGAAGUGGUUAAGCGAGGCUGCUAAGGAUCCAUGUGACGUAUCUGUUGGCUCUUUGCCGGAUAGAUCAAAGUGGGAUUGUUAUGGAAGUGAAGAGCCGUGGAAAGAGCUUCUUCUGUUUAGAGCUUCAAGAACGAACUCUGAUUCGUCUUGUGAAAAGAUUUGGCAGAAAAUCCAGAAGAUGCAUCCGUCUCUGUAUCAGGAUAGUGCUGGGACUAGUUACAAUCUAAGAGAGAGACUCAGUUUCGAUAGGAAUCAGUUUAAUGAGAGGAAAGCUGGGAUAUCUUCUGAGGAUGGCUCGGGUUCAGAGGGUUCAGACGAGGAGGAUGAAUCAGGUGGUCUAGUUGGUCCAGAGUUUCAAGCUGAAGUACCUGAGUGGACUGGCAUCAUCACUGAAAGCGAUCCAAAGUGGCUAGGCACUCUGAACUGGCCACUUAACAAAGAACAAAACAACAAAAAUAACCUUCUCAUCGAAAGAGAUCCUAUUGGAAAAGGAAGACAAGAUGCUUCUUGUGGCUGCCAAAAUCCAGGCUCUGUUGGUUGUGUCAGAUUCCAUAUCAAGGCAAAACAGGAGAAACUGAAACUCGAACUUGGUUCAGCUUUCUACAUGUGGUGUUUCGAUACAAUGGGUGAAGGUAAUCUGCAGUAUUGGACAGAGUUUGAACUGAAGAAGGUGAUGUCUUUGAUGCCUUCUCCACCUACACUUAUCCCGUCUUUCUUCGAUGAGCUCAGGAGCGUUCUUCCUUCAAAGAGCAGAGGAAAGAUCGUGAGCUACUUCUACAACGUGACGCUUUUGCAGUUUAGAGCAAAUCAGAGUAGAAUGACUCCUUAUGAGAUUGACAGUGAUACUGACACACAGUACAGGAUUGCAACAGCGAGUGAAGAUCCAAACCUGGAAGCAAACACAUCACAGAAACCCGUUUUGCUUACGCCCAAGAAAAAAAGACGUCGAUAGAGAGGUAGUAGUAACACUUGAUGAAUCUUGGGUUUUAAGUGGGAGCAGCCAUUGAAAGUGCUUAUAAACUUCGGGGGAGAAAGGGUUCUGUUCAUCAGUUACGUCGGCUCAGCAAAUUCGGGUUUUGGUAUUUGAGGUAAAUACUUUCAUGAUCACUCCACUCUUUUGAUGAUUCUAUAGGAGUAUUCUUUUUUUUUUUUUUUCUGGGUUGGCAUUGCUUAAAAGGACUGAUGAAUCAGAGACGAGGUUUCUCCAAAACAAGUACAGUAAAAUUUCGGAUCAUUUUGGUGAAUACAACAGAAGCAAACAUUGUUAUUGCUAUUUGUUUUGUUUGUUUCUAAAGGAAAGUAGGAAAUGAGUUUUUUUUUUUGUCAACAGGAAAUGAGUUUAUACAUCAGUUUCGUGACUGUACCAUCUAUCAAAACUUUAUAUAUCAAGUUUAAAAAAGACCGCACACUUUCUCCAAUUAAAUCAAGACACGCGUGAUUAUUUUGGAAAAAAAACCAUUUGUUAAUAAAAGUUUUGAUUUAACUGGGUUUUUUUUUUUUUUUUUUUUCCUGUCAAUGUUUUUAAUAUUAAAAGAAUCGGGUCAAGCCCAGAAACAGAUUACAUGAAAGCCCAAAAUACAUAAACUAAAUACCAGGCCUAAUGAUCCACACUAAAGACCUACCCAUUACACUGGCCAACGGCCCAAACCAUCCCCGGUGUGACGACGACCGACUCGAGCGUCAAGAAGACUGGAUGCCGGACACAUGGAUGCAUCUCAACCCAUCAGAACUGCACGCGUCACAUUCGCCUCGACUUGGCCGUCUCCGCCUCGUCUCACCACUGGAAUCCCUCACCACAACAAACUUCAAACGAAGCUCGUAACCGAAGAGCCUCCGCCGAACCCAUCCAAUACUUUCCACUCUAUCUACCCGUCGGAGAGCCUCAUCUCUCCUAGAGAGCUCCUCCGACAGAGCGACAGCUUGAAAUCUUCAACCCUAAAG